AUGCCAACACUGUACCGCAAGCCUCAAGCAGCAUCAGUAACUCAAACACGACUAGCGAACCUAUACAGUACAGCACACGUCAACCUUGGCGGCGUAGCGCAAACGGUUACAUCAAUUUCGAAGGCCGUUCAAACAAAUAUAUUUUCUCGAACGUCCGGCUUUUCUCAGCACUUGAAGUUUUUAGUACUACCCAGUAUAUCAUCAAACCAACCUGCCCAGGUUAUAUCGACAGUUGACUGGGAAAUUCCCAGUUGGAUCACUCUAGCAGAUCCAACAUUUGGCACACCUGGACCAGUUGACGCUCUCUUAGGAGCCGGAAUAUUUUUCCAACUUCUUCGUUAUGGCAAGUUAACAAUUGGAAGACACCCGCCUCUCCUGCAGAACACUGUGCUGGGCUGGAUUGUUUCCGGCGAAUGUUUGGAGCGAGAAUCCAGCCCACCGAAAACGUCUAGUUGCCACUUGACUCAUAAUCAACGUCUCGAAAAAUUGGUGGCACGAUUUUGGGAGCUGGAACAAUGUUAUUCUAAUAUUUGCUGGUCUCCGGCGGAAAAAUCCUGUGAGCAGCAUUUCAAAUCGAAUGUGCCUCGAAAUAAGGAGGGAAGGUAUGUUGUGCGUCUACCAAUGAAGCUGGAACUGCUUCCACGUCUUCGGGAUAAUCGCUUUAAGGCCCAGCGUCGUUAUCUCGCUUUAGAGCGCAAGCUUGAGGCAAAUCCAAGCUUACGAUGUCAAUAUAGUGAGUUCAUAAAUGAAUACCUGCAGUUAGGGCACAUGCGACUUGUAACUUCGGAGGAACUAGCAAACGAAAACCUCGAUCUUCCGCGGUAUUUUUUGCCGCACCACGCUAUUCUUCGUCCGGAAAGCACUACGACCAAGCUUCGUACAGUCUUUGAUGCAUCCUGUAAAAGUAACUCCGGAUUAUCGCUAAACGAUGUUUUAUAUGCUGGACCUACUAUUCAGGAUACUUUGCUGGCCAUUGUCUUACGGUUCAGAAUGCACGCUUUUGUCAUCACUGGGGACAUUGCAAAAAUGUACCGCCAGAUUCUUGUGCACCCAAACGAUCAACCUCUCCAAAGAAUCUUUUGGCGAGAUAAUACUUCCAAACCGCUUGAAACAUACCAACUUCUCACCGUCACAUAUGGGACGAGUUCUGCCCCAUUCCUCGCUACCCGAGUCCUGCAGCAGCUCGCGGAGGAUGGUAUCAAUGAAUAUCCUCUGGCAGCGGCAGUAGUUCGAAAAGAUAUGUAUAUGGACGAUUUACUUACCGGUUGCGAUGAUUUGAAAAUGAUGUUCCAGCUUUGUGCCCAAUUGAUGCAAAUUUUCGGGAAUGCUGGAAUGCAGCUUCGUAAAAUCUCCUCAAAUAAUCAUGAAAUUUUAAAUAUGAUUCCAAAUGACUGCCGAGAAACGAAAACGUUAGUUGAAUUCGAUUCAGAAACGCCGGUGAAGGCUCUUGGCUUGCUUUGGGAGCCAUCAUCCGAUUCGAUACGCUACAAAUUACCAAAACUUUCGCGCUGUGAACGUUAUACUAAACGAAUUGUUCUGGCUCAAACAUCGAGUUUUUUCGAUCCUUUGGGGUUGAUAGGUCCCGCCAUCGUGAAAGCAAAAAUAGUUCUUCAGACGCUCUGGAAAUUAGAAUAUGACUGGGACCAGCCGUUACCAAAAGCAUUCGCGACUGACUGGGAGCAGUAUCAGAGUCAAUUUAGCUGCCUAGGAAAACACGAAAACGUGUACUUGUGGAGCGAUUCCACUAUUGUGUUACAUUGGCUGUUCGCUAGCCCAUCGACAUGGCUAACGUUUAUCGCCAAUCGCGUGGCGGAGAUUCAAGAAAUUACAGAAAACUGCACUUGGAACCAUGUCCCUGGCGAACAGAAUCCCGCAGACUUAAUAUCAAGAGGUGUUCAUCUUAGCGAACUCAUCGACAGCUCUUUGUGGUGGAACGGCCCACCUUGGUUAGCUGCAGUGGAUCAGCCAUGGCCCCAACUUCCGGAAGAACUUCGUAAUGUGAAACAAAAGGACUUGGAAACACGAAAAGGAGUUUCAUUGUCGAUUGUUGUCCAAAAUGAACCGAAUCUGUACACUAAAUAUUCAUCCUUCACCACACUGCUACGAAUGAGUGCUCUUUGUAAACGAUUUGCUGAUAACUGUAGAACACGUAGGCGCCGAAAGCAGCAAGCCGAUUCGCGGCUACAUGAGUGUCGUAUUGGACCGCUCUCGGUGGACGAGUUAAAUGAAACACUACUACUUAUUAUCGGUCAAGCUCAGCGAGAACAGUUCGCAACAGAACUCAGCGCCUUGAAAGAGCAUAAGCCGGUUCCCAAUCAAUCACGUUUACGCUUUCUCAAUCCAGAGCUGCAUAACAAUUUAAUUCGUGUUAGUGGUCGGCUCAAGCAUGCUGGUAUUCCUUCAGACGCAAAAAACCCUCUCGUUCUACCAGCGAAGCACCCGCUUACCCGACUUAUCGCUGAAACCACGCACCGGCAACAAUUGCAUUGUGGGCCCCAACUGCUACUGGCCACGCUGCAUCAACGAUUCUGGCCGUUAGGCGGUCGAAAUCUAGUUCGAGAUGUUGUACAUGCGUGUGUAACCUGUGCUAAGGCACGACCUCGUUACCUGUCGCAACUAAUGGGGUCCCUACCAGCAGUUAGAGUCACACGGUCUUACGUCUUCGAAAACGUUGGUAUUGAUUUUGCUGGACCAUUUUAUCUACGACGUUCCAGCCCGCGGGCCUCACCAAACAAGUCAUACGUGGCCGUUUUCGUAUGUAUGGCUACGAAAGCCACACAUUUAGAUCAUCAGCAGCUUUCAUCGCCUGUCUUCGUCGCUUUGUUGCAAGACGCGGUCGGCCACAGAAUAUAUACUGCGACAACGCGACCAACUUUGUGGGGGCCGAACGGGAAAUUCGUAACCUUUUUCGAUCGUCGGAGCAUCGACAUUCUGUAA